UUCUUCACGAAAACUAGCAUAACAACAUAUGUGAUUGUAACAAUUUUGAAAAUUCACUCGUUCACCCCAUUUACCUUUCUUCUUGUACCCCCUCCUCCUCGCCGGUCCGCUCCCGAAUUCACAAAUCCUUUUGCACGUGGAGGUCAUGGCGGUAUCAACCAGUUGGGCGGGGUGUUUGUGAAUGGACGUCCUUUACCAAGUCAAGUCAGGCAACAAAUUGUUCAAUUGGCCAAUCAGAAUGUGCGACCCUGUGAUAUCAGUCGACAGUUACGAGUCUCACACGGAUGUGUGAGCAAAAUCCUCGGUCGAUACUACGAAACCGGAAGCAUUCGGCCAGGAAUUAUCGGCGGGUCGAAACCGAAAGUGGCCACUCCCUCAGUGGUGGAUGCCAUUUGUAAGUACAAGGAGGACAGUCCAACCAUGUUCGCCUGGGAGAUACGGGACCGGUUGCUGAAAGAUCAAAUAUGUACACCGGAAAACGUACCCUCAGUAUCAUCCAUCAAUCGUAUCGUACGAAAUAAGGUGAGUUGUUUAAAAGGAGGUUGUCAACUUGCCGUAACAACUGCCGCGACCUAUAUCAGUAGGUCCCCUGUUCAGGGUUUCCAUACUUUCACGGAAGAUUCCCAUAAGAAUAUCAAAAGCAAAACAGCAUGGCGAACAAGCUUGUUUUCAUAA